UAUAGGGCAUGCAGCAGGAGCAGUAUACAUCCAGGAACAGCGAUCAGAACACGCUCUAGCCAUUGCAUACCUAUGCAUGCAUCUAGCACUAUGGGAAUACCAGCUGCAGCUAUGGGAUUAUAACUCUGGAGAACUCUUCCUCCUUACUGGGGAAGGGGGUUGAGGGGGGAACUCUGAACUCUAAAUUGCCUCCAGGCGACUGGGAUGAAUUUACGCCACUGUCUAGGAGGGUGCUAUCACAUAAAGGUGGAUCUGCCAACUGGCAAAGAUAAGCAGUGAUUUAUUUCACAGGGUCAUGUCUAAGGCCCGAGAAGUGGACGUUCAUCUUGAAAUGCGCUAGGAAAAUAAAUGCAUGUGCGCAAAUAGAGGAGAGGAUUGUACAUGAGCAUUACAGAGCACUGAUGGACAUGUCCCCUAUGAAGUCUCGUCUACAAGAUCUCACCUGGUGAGCAGAUCUACAAAGGGACCAUGAAGCUGUUGGGAGGAAGUGAAAGGAACAAGAGAAAUUAGCAGUCUCCUGACAUUAAGCUAAUAUACAAAAAGGUUUUUACUGCAGUGGAUAAAGACUUUAAAAACUUGAAGCAAACGGAGCCCUCUUACUGUUUCCAUUUCAAAUUUUAUUGUAGUCCUGCAUCAGAAUGCUGGGCAAGAAUCGAUGACCAACUGUCCUUCAAUCAUGAACAAUUCUACUAUUGAUCCGCUGACCCUUAAUGCAACACAGCAGUCAUAUCGUGACCCCUUUGGAGGUCAUGCAGUGUGGGAGGUGGUGCUUAUUGUCCUCACAACAGGAGUCCUGUCUCUUAUUACUGUGGUUGGGAAUAUCCUGGUUCUCUUGGCCUUCAAAGUCAACAGUGACCUAAAGACGGUCAACAACUACUUCCUACUUAGUUUAGCGUGUGCAGAUGUAAUCAUUGGCUUAGUGUCCAUGAACUUAUAUACAACAUACAUUGUAAUGGGUCGCUGGGCGCUUGGCAGUAUUUCCUGUGACCUGUGGCUGGCACUCGAUUAUGUCACAAGCAAUGCUUCUGUAAUGAAUCUGCUCAUCAUUAGCUUUGAUCGCUAUUUUUCCAUUACUCGGCCAUUGACAUACAGGGCAAAGAGAACACCAAAGAGAGCAGGUAUUAUGAUUGGAUUGGCAUGGGUAAUCUCUUUAGUCCUGUGGGCACCAGCCAUAUUAUGCUGGCAAUAUAUCAUUGGUGAGAGGACGGUGGAACCCGAUGAAUGCUAUAUUCAGUUCCUAUCCCAACCUAUUAUCACAUUUGGCACUGCCAUUGCUGCCUUCUACUUGCCAGUUACCAUCAUGAUUAUAUUGUAUUGGCGGAUUUACAGAGAAACAGAAAACAGGAGCAGAGAACUUGCGGGAUUGCAGGGUUCAGGGACAGAAAGCAUUGUACGUCACUUAGGCAGUGUCAGAAGUGGCAGCAGUUGCGGAAUGGGUGAAUCGGAAAGACUGUCCAAAUCUCAAACUGUAGUACCAAGAGCCAAGCAAGCAUGUUGUUUUCCUGGUAGACUCGCUGCCAGUCCAUCUCUCAGAAGUUACCCUCAGAACCGAAGCAAUGGAAGCUGGAAUACCAUGGAAGAUGCUGCCUCUGCAGACUCCCUCUCCUCUUCCUCUGAUGGAGAGGAUCACCCAUACGAGAUGAAAAGCAUUUGUUCAGCUGUUAUACGAUUACCUAUGGUCAGCUCUGUAGUUGGGACACCCACAGGGUCUCGUGGGUCCAAUGACACUCUUGGGCGGGGGGAAGUAGAGAGUGAAGCCAAUGGGGGAAAGCGGGAGGUAUCCAGGAAAUCAUCCAAAUCGCAACCCUCGGCUCUACCAUCAACUGUUAUCAAAGCCAAGAUGGAAAAAAAACGCCACGGAAAGAGGAAAAGCAAUUCACUUAUCAAAGAAAAAAAGGCAGCAAAGACAUUAAGUGCUAUAUUGCUUGCAUUUAUUUUGACAUGGACUCCUUAUAAUAUCAUGGUGCUAGUGUCCACAUUCUGCAAGGACUGUAUUCCAAAAACACUCUGGGAGCUGGGGUAUUGGCUGUGCUAUGUAAACAGUACUGUAAACCCAAUGUGUUAUGCACUCUGCAAUCGCUCAUUCAGGCGUACCUUCAAAAUGCUUCUACUCUGUCGGUGGGACAAACGCAAAUGGAGGACACACAGACACCCAGCAGCUUUCUUCAGGACCCCAUCACAGUGAUCGGAUAACUGUAGAAGACACAAGUUCUGUUAACAGGACCUAAGACGACAUGGGGUCUCCAGCAUGCCUGGCUGAGUGGGACUACAAGGAACGCACUAUCCCUAAAAACAAAAAUGGGGGAAAAGAACGGAAUAGCAAUGGAGUAAGGCCUUUUACAGAGACACUAUAAAUUAUCCAUUUGACAUUUUCCAAGCUGAAAUAUGGCUGUCUUGGGCUUUAGCACGUCUUAUACAUGUAAUUUUGAAGUAAGGGAGGGAAGUGAAGUUAAGGAAGGCUGGUCUAACCCUUCUUGGGAUGUUAAUCCCUUUUGAUGUUGAAGGGGUAUCCCAGAUGUGCCAAACCAAACAAAGGCAGGCCAAAGAACAUGACAAGGUUUUCUAUUGUUUACAAAAAGACUUUAAGGGGGAAGGGCUGUGUAUUUAUUCUGACUGCAAACAAAUAAAGAGUGUAUAAUACAAAAGUA